AUGCAUUUCAAGUCUCUUGUCCAGCCACUAUUGGUGGCCUUUUUGGGAAAUAAUAACAGCAGCAAUCAAGGCUAUACUGAUGCUGGUGGGAGUCAGCUUCAUUCUGCAACCCUUUCUGCUCAGAACGAACCACCCACUUCAAAUGCCGCCUUUGAAGUCUUGAGUACCACCAAGGUUGCUGGCGGUGGCAUCUACCAACGCAUCAAGCAUGAUAGUACUUCUACCAAGACUUCCAUGAUUUUUGGCCUCUUUCUGCCGAGCACACAUGCCACCAAGCCAGUCUCGGAAACUACGCCUGCCAUGUAUUGGUUGAGUGGACUGACGUGUGAUGACACGAACUUUGCCAUGAAGGCAGGACCAGCUGCUUUUGAAGUUGCCGAAGAACGAAGUAUUGCCCUGGUUCUACCUGAUACUUCACCUCGAGGAGAUGGUGUCCCAGAUGUAGAUACAUCGGAUUUGGGCGUGGGUGCUGGAUUUUAUGUGGAUGCGACCGAAGAACCCUACGCCGAAAACUACAAAAUGUACACAUAUGUCACAGAAGAGCUUCCCAAGCUGGUGGAAAAUGCCUUUCAAGUGGGCACUGUCAAGUCUAUUGCUGGACAUUCCAUGGGAGGCCAUGGGGCUUUGACCAUUGCCAUGAAGGAUCCUAGCAGCUGGGCGGCGGUCAGCGCUAUGAGUCCCAUAUGCAAUCCUACAAAAGUUCCAUGGGGAGAAAAGGCAUUCAGUACAUACCUCGGAAGUGUGGACGCUGGUAAAGAUCACGAUGCUACAGAGUUGCUAAAGGCACUCGACCUGAGUCUAUUCGAUGACAUUUUGAUUGACCAAGGAGAAGACGACCAGUUUCUGAAGGAUCAGCUGAAACCGGAAGCUUUGUUGGCAGCAGCAAAAGACAGUGCACAAAAGGUGACCGUGAAUAUGAGACCGGGAUAUGAUCAUUCCUACUAUUUUGUGUCUGCCUUUAUCAAGGAUCAUAUUGCGUUCCAUGGAGAGCGUCUGACCAAAGCACAAGGCAUGUUGCGAGCGUCUUCUAGCUCCUACGACUUUUCGGAAACCACUGGCAAGCCCAUCAAGUGCAAAGCCAUGGUUGCAAGGGCACCAAAGGAACCAUUGACCGAAGAAGAAAUCAUUGUUGACCCACCCAAGGAAGGGGAGGUGCGAGUCAAGGUUAUUGCCAAUGCUCUCUGCCAUACAGAUAUCUAUACAUUGGAUGGACAAGAUCCCGAAGGACUAUUUCCCUGCAUCUUGGGUCACGAAGCUGGAUGCGUAGUAGAAUCGGUCGGCCCGGGCGUCACUUCUGUCAAACCUGGCGAUCACGUCAUUCCCUGCUACACACCUCAAUGUUCCCAAACCUCGUGCAUCUUUUGCAUGAGUCCCAGAACCAAUUUGUGUCCCGAGAUUCGUAGUACCCAAGGCCAAGGUGUCAUGCCCGACGGCACCGUUCGCCUUCACGACAAGGAUGGCAAGGAUAUCUAUCAUUUCAUGGGAUGCAGUACCAUGAGUGAAUAUACAGUCUUGGCGGAAAUCUCGUGUGCCAAAAUUUCCAAGGAAAUGGCUUUGGAAAAGGCCUGCUUGUUUGGUUGUGGAGUUUCGACUGGUUUGGGCGCCGUUUGGAAUACUUGCAAUGUCCAGGCGGAUUCGAGUGUGGCAGUCUUUGGGCUUGGUGCUGUGGGUCUUGCGGUGAUUCAAGGUGCCAAAAUGGCCGGAGCUAGCAAGAUUAUUGCCAUUGAUAUCAAUCCUGACAAAUUUGAAAUGGCCAGGAAGCUAGGGGCAACCGAUUGUGUGAAUUCCUCUCCCGACCAGAUUGGCGACAAACCAAUUCAACAAAUCAUUGCCGGAGAGUUGACGGACUGGGGUGUGGACUAUUCCUUUGACUGCACUGGCAACGUCAAGGUUAUGCGUGCUGCUCUAGAGUCGGCCCAUCGAGGUUGGGGAGAAUCUUGUGUGAUUGGUGUUGCCGCGUCGGGUCAUGAGAUUUCCACCAGACCCUUCCAAUUGGUCACUGGUCGUGUAUGGAAGGGAACUGCCUUUGGUGGUUUCAAAAGUCGUCAGGAUGUGCCCAAAUUAGUGGAACGCCAUUUGAAGGGAGAACUGCCAGUCGAUCAUUUCAUCACCCAUGCCUUUGAAGGCGUCGAAAAAACCAAUGAUGCCAUUGAUGCGCUCCAUUCUGGCGAUUGCCUUCGAGCAGUUGUCCGAUAUUGA